AGGAGGCUCUGAGCAAUGUGAGAACAGUGCGGGCAUUUGCCAUGGAGGACUAUGAGGUGGACCUGUACUCCAGGGAUCUGAGGACCUCUCAGAGCUACAACGAGAGACUCGGUUUUGGAAUUGCCGCAUUCCAGGCUCUCUCGAAUAUUGCAGUGAAUGGUGUUGCUCUUGUGGUACUCUCCUAUGGAGGACUGCUACUGGCUAAUAAUCAAAUCAGUCCAGGAAACCUUAUGUCAUUUCUCAUCGCAACACAGACCAUUCAGAGGUCUCUGGGAAGUCUGUCAACUCUGUUUGGUCAGGUGGUGAAAGGAUUGAGCUCAGGAUCGCGAGUGUUCCAGUACAUCACUGUUGAUAGAGAGACCAGUCUCCAGACAGGUGGCCUCGCACUGGGUGCAGUCGGUGGAACUGUCUACUUCAAAGAUGUCCUGUUCUCUUAUCCCUCCAGACCCAACCAGGUUGUGCUAGAUAACCUAACCCUCACCCUACCACAAGGGAAGGUGACUGCCCUAUGUGGGCUAUCAGGAGCAGGGAAGUCGACUGUUGCUGCCCUGUUAGAGAGAUUCUAUGAGCCAACUGGUGGGAGGAUAUACCUGGAUGACAGCCCUCUGGAUGAGUUGGAUCCCUCCUGGCUGCGAGGGAGGGUACUGGGCUUUAUCAACCAGGAGCCAGUCCUGUUUGCAACCACAAUCAUGGAGAAUAUUAGAUAUGGCAGACCCUCUGCUUCUGAUCGGGAGGUAUUUAUAAUGACGACAACAAUGUGUAUUAUGAAGCCACUCAUGUCGGGCCCCAAAGCCUCUGUCGGUAUAUGAGGCAGCAAGACAGGCUAAUGCAGACAGUUUCAUCCGUGAAUUCCCAGAAGGGUACGGCACGGUUGUGGGAGAGCGGGGCGUCACUGUGUCAGGUGGGCAGAAGCAACGUAUCGCCAUAGCCCGGGCUCUGCUCAAGAAUCCCAGGAUCCUCAUUCUUGACGAGGCCACUAGUGCACUCGACGCACACUCAGAGAAGUUGGUUCAGGAUGCCCUGGACCAAGUGUGCCAGGGUAGAACGGUGCUGGUGAUUGCUCAUCGAUUCAGCACUAUCCAGAAUGCCGACUGCAUUGCAGUUCUACAUAAAGGACAGCUGAGAGAGCUUGGAAAUCACAAAGAUCUAAUGAAUAAAGAUGGCAUGUAUAGUGCUUUGAUUAAAAGACAGACUAUGUUUGAAUAAUUGCUUAAUAUUGACACUGUUAUUCAGUCAAUUGUUGUUUGCUUUAAUAAAUAAUGUGAUUUAUACAUGGCCCUAAUAAUUAUAAUACCAUUACAAGCUACGGAGUGUUAGGCGGUUUCUUAUUGCAGUGUUCCCCUU